GUGAGGGCAACUACCGUGUCGAUACCCACUCGCCAUUUUGUGGUUGUGGUUGUAGAAAAAAAAUGAUGUCAAUGUCAGGAUUACGUCCAGUUUUUGCCGGAUUGUCGAGGAGACUGUACGCUGCACAGGUGGCAACAGCUACCCAGUCAGCUGACAAAACCCCUCUCCCACAGGAAUCUGUACAGGUUUCCAAGUUGAACAAUGGCUUGACAGUAGCUUCGUUAGAGAACCACUCCCCAGUCUCUCGUAUUGGCCUGUUAGUCAGUGCCGGUUGCCGCUAUGAAAAUACCCAGAAUCUGGGCAUUACCCACUGUCUGCGCAGCUAUGCCAAUCUGACAACAAGUAAUGCAACAACCUUCAAGAUCACCAGAGGUUUGGAUGACAUUGGGGCCAGCCUGGAAGCAACCACCACUCGGGAUCACAUGCUGUACUCUGUACAGUGUCUGCGAACUCAUAUAGACACUGCAGCCUCCUUCCUCCAGGCAGCAACCACCGGUCAACAGUUCCGACCCUGGGAAAUCAAGGACUACAGGCAAAGAGUGCUUUUUGAUUUGGCAUCGGUCAGAGACCAGCUGCAGAUUGAGGUUCUGGAGAAUUUGCAUGCGGCUGCCUUCAGAGACACCGUGGGCCGAUCGCUGUAUGCACCAGAAUACAUGGUGGACAAGAUUGGUACUGAGAUGCUGUUAGAUUACGUCAACAACAUGUACACAGCUGAAAAUACGGCCCUGGUUGGCAUUGGUGUGGAUCACGGAGACCUGAAGUCAUUCGGUGAGAAGUUUGAUGUGAAAAGGGGUGUGAAGACAGAGACACCAGCAGCUAAAUACGCAGGGGGUGAGAUUCGCACCCAGCGGGACUCACCUUACUCCUACGCAGCGGUAGCCGUGCAGGGCGCCAGCCUGAGUAGUAAGGAGCUACUCACCCUAGGUGUCCUGCAACAGCUGAUGGGGGUGGGACCUUACAUCAAGUGGGGCAGUCAGCAGGCAUCGUCCAAACUAAACCAGGCUGCCGGCAAGGCUACCAUGUUGCCAUUCUCGGCAAGCUGUUUCAACAUGUCCUACAGUGACACAGGUCUAUUUGGGAUAUUUGCUGUCACCCAAGGUGACCAGAUGGGAACUAUGCUGAAAUCAAUGGUAGGCCAGAUGGGAGCUAUCACCAAGGGAAACAUUGAAGACAAGGACCUGACCCGGGCAAAGAACCAGCUCAAAGCAGCAAUCCUGAUGAACCUUGAGAACCAGUCCACCAUCUUUGAGGACAUUGGGGUACAAGCCCUCUGUACUGGAGACUAUGUCACCCCGGCAGCGAUGAUAGCUGAGGUAGAUGCCAUCACUGGACAGGAUGCACUUCAGGUUGCCAAGCGGAUAUUCAAUGGUAAGCUGUCCAUGGCUGCCAGCGGAGACUUAGGUAACACCCCUUACUUAGACCAGCUCCUCAGUGCAUAGGCAUGCUUCCUCUUCUUCAAAACCACCCGAGGUAGGAUUGUCCAAAGGGAAAUACAGAAGGAAAUUUCAUGGAAUUUUUAUCAAGAUAACUUGCAGAUGAUGAUGGCAGACAUCGAGAAGUUCCCUGCGGAGCGUUCUGUUCAUUUUAGCAACUAGCAAGUUGUCUUGGGUUGAGAUUUUUGUUCAGGGUUACGUGGCAGAUGUAUACAUGAUAAGAACUGUAAUAGGCUUUUCAAGAGUUUCCAGUUUGGCAUCUCUUAGGGGUCAGAGAUACACGAAAACCUAUCACCUGAUGAAAGUGGAAAGAAAUGGAGAAACUGGCCUUUAUGACGGUUGUUUACGUUGAUGUCAUUAUAUCAAAUCUUUAUCACUGACAUAGCAGUUUGCCAAAAAGAUUCAGGGAAGUUAUGGAAUGGACUUAAGGUAUUUGGAAAAGGUCCUUUUGUUUUUACACAUAAAUACGCAUAUCCAUAAAUACAAAAAACUACAACUUGUGCUUUUAUCAUUCAUGAUAUCGUUCACUUUGAAGUUAGGGAAAAUUGUUUGAAUACACUACUGAUCAAGAUGGUUAAACAAGGGAAAACUCUUUUCAUAGAUUGUAUUGUUGAACAUUUUAUUUAUUCUCGGCUUGUUUCAUCGUUUGCCUGACUGACUUUUGGAGAACAGCAGAACACUGUCUCUAUCACAUUGCCGUUUCCACUAAUCAUUAUUUGUAGUUUUCUCUAAUCCCAAAGUCUGACUGCAUCCAUUUUUAUUCUGUGAAUAUGGCAGGUGGAUUGCCAGAGUAA